AUGGCAGACACAGCUCCAGCUCCAGCAGCCGCACCCGCGACCACCGGAGCUACAGCACCCACAACCGGCGCAGCAGCCAGCGCACCGAAUGCGCCCGCCGACGCAAAUGCCGGCAGUCGCGGACUCCCAUACUACGAGAAAUUGCGCCGAGAAUUGCGAGACACAUUGCAAAAGAAACGGUUGAUGGACAAGAGCAUGGCCCAACUCGAAGACCAAAUUUUCCGCUUUGAACAAUCCUACCUUGAAGAAACAACCGCCGGAAAUAUCAUCAGAGGAUUUGACAAUUACAUCAAGGGUUCGGCCAGCGGAUCAAGUCUCGGCGCUUCGGGCCUUGGUCUUGGUGGCGGCGUUGCCGGUUCAAGGCGCAAAGCCCAAGUCACAGACUCGGAUCGAGUGUUCUCGCGCAGUUCGGCAAGUUACAUGAUGGACUCGCCCGGCCCAUCCUCCGCACAAACUACGCCCUCCCACGCGGCGACACCGACAUCUACAAACGGGAAUGGCUCGUUUAGUAGGAGUAACGAUUCACUUAACAUUUCCGCCGCUGCUAGCGGGAUGAAGGUUUCGAAUGGUGCUUCGAAGAAUAAGAAGAAGGCGACGGGCGGAUCGAAGAAUACCAAGGGCAAGAACCAGACUGAGGAUUUCUCUGAUGAGGACAAACCUUCUGUGAAACGAUUGAAGAUUAGCUAUGGACGGGAUUGA